AUUGACGACCACCCGCAGCAGCCGCACCGCCUCCUGUAGGCGCAAUUUGUCCACUAAACAGAGCAGCGUUUUUAUUCUGCGGUUUACUGCGGUAACUUCCCGUUUCUGUGCUCGGUGCUGCCGGUGUUAGCGUCCUCAAACCUUCCAGAAUGUUCCCGGUGCGGAUGGAGAGCGGCUGCGGGAACAUUUGAAGCGGACGGAGUGAAAUGCAUCCCCGGAGCGCUGAACCUGUUCCAUCCCACACACAAAGCCUGUGAGCAGGCCGUGCUUUUCCUCUCACACCGCGCCGAGGAUGCUCAAAGAUGUCGGGGAAUUAUUACAAAGGCAACGAAGUCAGCUGCUGCAUCAAAUACUUCAUUUUCGGAUUCAACAUCCUGUUCUGGCUGCUGGGCAUGGCCUUGGUUGCGAUCGGACUGUGGGCCUGGAGUGAGAAGGGGGUUCUGUCCAACAUCUCGUCCAUCACAGACCUGGGGGGGCUGGACCCAGUCUGGCUCUUCAUGGUGGUCGGCGGGAUCAUGUUCAUCCUGGGCUUUGCAGGAUGUAUUGGAGCACUGCGGGAGAACACCUUUCUACUGAAGUUUUUCUCCGUGUUUCUGGGAAUCAUCUUUUUCUUGGAGUUGACGACGGGGAUCCUGGCGUUUGUCUUCAAGGACUGGAUUAAAGACCAGCUCAACCUGUUCAUCAACAACAACAUCCGGGCGUACCGCGACGACAUCGAUCUACAGAACCUCAUCGAUUUCACCCAGGAAUACUGGGACUGCUGCGGUGCGUUCGGAGCGGACGACUGGAACCUCAACAUCUACUUUAACUGUACUGAUGGGAAUCCCAGCCGGGAAAAGUGUGGAGUCCCCUUCUCCUGCUGCACCAAGGACCCCGCGGAGGACGUCAUAAACACUCAGUGUGGAUACGACAUCCGAGCUAAACCAGACUCGGAGCAGAAGGACUACAUCAACGUGAAGGGCUGCGUGCCUCAGUUUGAGAAGUGGCUGCAGGACAACCUGACCCUGGUGGCGGGGAUCUUCAUCGGGGUCGCACUACUGCAGAUCUUUGGAAUUUGUUUGGCCCAAAACUUAGUGAGUGACAUCGAAGCUGUGCGGGCGAGUUGUUUCUUUACCUGAUGCUUGAAGCAGCAUUUCAACUCUAACAGCUCCGGGUUCUUGAACACGCCUCCUUGAACACAUCAUGGGGGGGCAUUCAGAGGACCUCACGGAUCACCUGCACCAUUUUGUUCACUGAACCAGCACCUUUUUUCAAGGCACUAAUAUGUGAAACGCUCUGUAAAUAACACUGUGUGUGACUUCUGUAAAAAAAGAGAAAUGUUGGGGAGGAUGGUUAAACAUGCACUACAUGCAGGUCGUCACAAUGCUCCAGUUUUGAUAGCUACAUGUAGAGAGUAGGAGUUUUGAUACAUCUUUUUGAUAUUAGAUCGGUAUUUUUCACUGUGGACAUAACGCUGCAUUGCUAAACCCAUCAUGUAGGACAGUGACAUAAUUGUGAACAAGAAGCUGAGGAUCAGUUGAGUGCUCCAUGUUCUCUCCGUCACUGAGGCAAAGUUACAAAACUGAAAACAGGAUGUCCUUCUUUUUUUUUCAAAUGAACACGUUGUUAGAUGUUAGUGUGUUACAGCAGAUUCAAGGACCUCUUCAGAUACAGACACACAUUCCUAUUUAACCAUUGACAAGAAUGACUCAUUGAAUAACCUGCUUUACAAAACUAGAGAGUUCUUGUGGUGGCAAUGAAUUGUAAUUGCUCAGUGACAGACAGAGGAUGGAUAGUUGUGGGUACUGAAGAGCUAAAUGUCCUCCUGAAACUUACUUAUAUAGCAUUGAAGGAAAGAAAUGGACUAAAAAUGACUUCCAUUAUUUAACAUAGGGAGUCACCAGUAGAGCAGAAAGGGAUCAGUUAAUUUAUUGAUUAUACUGAUUUUCACAUUUACCUUUGGGUUUUGAACCACUGCUUUUUUUGAUACUGUCUAAAUUAAAGUACUAAAAACGUGUAACUACAUGUCAGAUAUCUGAAAAAGGAUAUUAACUGAUUUAAAUCCUUUUCCAAUUUUGGACCAUUUUAUUUGUUGUUGUAUGGUUACUCAUAGACAACAUUUAAAGUUCAAAAUCAUUCUGGCUUUUUCAAGUCUUAUCUCAAUACAACUGCUACUUCUAAGGUGUCUCUAUUGCAGUUAUUGUUGCUAAAGCUUGUACAGUUUUUCAACAGUCAAUCAAUCAAAUAGGCGUCUUUGAACCAGUGACUGAAUACAUCCCAACUCUGAAAGACAUGCUGAUGGACUCAUUUGGACCAGGGUUCUGAAGGUAUUUGAACCAGUUUGGAUAAAAGGAAUGAUUAUAGCGACCUAAAGCUCAACACAUGGUAUAUGGGUAUUAUGGCCUUUAGAAAUAUGAACUUUUUGGAAAAUAUUGGAUUUUGCACCUAUUUGCUAUUCACAAAAUGAGCAGUUCAAAAUAACAUGUGUUGGCAUGUUAAAAAAAGGUAGCUCAGUCCUAUCCAAUAGAAAGACGACAUUGCAAAUCUUAAGCAGCCUUUCUUCCUGAAACAUGUUUGAUCCAGUAUGACCACGAAGCGUGUGUAACCUCGCUGUCAGUGUUUAGCUGUCCAGGUGUCACAGUUCUGUGUAGAGAGCCAAGGAUACAGUCCUCUCUCUGGUGUGGAUCUGAGCAUUUCUAAUACACUUCAUAUUUUGAGACGGGCAUUUUGGAACAUUUUCAAUUCAUAUUAUAUGUGUAGCCCAUGAUUGUCUUUCACUGUGUGUAUUUUUGAUCUGAUCAGUAUACACAAUAAUGAAUGAUCUAAAUCUUUAAAUGUAUUCUGGAUUGCAACUUAAUUUCAAAAUAGAUGAAGAUUUUUCUCAGUGUUCCUUUUGAUGGUUUAGGACGAUUAUUUGCUCAAAGCAUGCAUCACUUGUUUGGUUUUGCGGUAUCUUUUCAGUAUGUCAACAUUGAUAUUGUGGAACUUGUACACUGAAAACGUGGAAGUGUUAUCUACUUUAAAAGGGAUUAAUAGUGUUUUUGAUACUAAAUAUUUAUUGUACAUUUGGUUUUAUAACAUCUCUGGUGUAUUGGACAGCAAAACCUUCAUUUCUACUGAAGCCGAUGUGUCUCUCACAUGAGAGCGUGUGCAUUUCACUCAUCACUUCCUGUUCCACUUUACUGAUUGUUUAGAUGAUCACAGAAUUCCCCACAAACAUUGUAAUGUAACUACCUCCUCUCAUCUCCGUUUCUCAUUUCCUGUUGAAAUUGGACUGAUUUUACCAUCAAGUAAAAUGUAUUAAGGUGACAAAAAAA